UUGCCCGGCGCAGAUGGCGGCGGCCGCACCAUGGAGCACAUCACCACGCCCAAGGUAGAAAAUGUUAAAUUACUAGAUCGUUAUACAAACAGGAAGCCAGCAAAUGGGACCCUCUACCUGACAGCUACCCAUCUUAUCUAUGUGGACGCUUCAGCUGAAGUUCGAAAAGAAACAUGGAUUCUACAUCAUCAUAUUGCUACUGUUGAGAAGCUGCCUCUGACCACAACUGGAUGCCCACUGCUUAUUCACUGCAAGAACUUCCGCGUGGCACACUUUGUCAUUGGACAUGAACGGGACUGCCAUGAAGUGUAUACCUCCUUGCUUAAACUUUCACAGCCAGUGAAACCUGAAGAACUUUAUGCUUUCUCUUAUAACCCCAAAAUGCCUAAAGAUAACCGUGAAAUUGGAUGGAAGAUGGUUGAUUUAAAAGUAGAUUACCAGCGAAUGGGGAUUCCGAAUGACUACUGGGAAAUAACAGAUGCUAAUAAACACUACGAGGUUUGCAACACAUAUCCUCCAGAAAUAGUGGUGCCUAAAGCUGCUAGUAAGGCAACCGUGCUUGGAAGUUCAAAGUUCAGAAGCAGAGGGCGGAUCCCAGUGCUUUCUUACUUCUACAAACAGAAUAAUGCUGCCAUAUGCCGCUGUAGUCAGCCCCUUUCUGGGUUCAGUGCCCGCUGUCUGGAGGAUGAACACAUGCUGCAGGCGAUUAGACAGGCCAACCCGGGGAGUCCGUUCAUGUAUGUUGUAGACACAAGGCCAAAGUUAAAUGCCAUGGCCAACCGAGCUGCAGGAAAGGGAUAUGAGAAUGAAGAUCACUAUGACAACAUUCGUUUUAAGUUCAUUGGCAUAGAAAACAUCCAUGUGAUGAGGAAUAGUCUGCAGAAACUCCUGGAAGUGUGCGAAACAAAAUCUCCCUCCAUGAGUGAUUUCCUUACUGGCUUAGAGAACUCAGGCUGGUUGCGGCACAUUAAAGCUGUAAUGGAUGCUGGUGUCUUCCUUGCCAAGGCUGUGAAAGAUGAGAAAGCCAGUGUCCUAGUGCACUGCUCUGAUGGAUGGGAUCGCACAGCUCAGGUCUGCUCACUGGCUAGCCUCUUUUUGGACCCAUUUUAUAGGACAUGUAAAGGAUUCAUGGUUCUAAUAGAAAAGGAUUGGAUUACAGUGGGCCAUAAGUUCUCACACAGGUGUGGCCAUCUGGAUGGUGACCCCAAAGAAGUAUCCCCUGUUUUCACUCAGUUCAUGGAAUGUGUCUGGCAACUCAUGCAACAGUUUCCCUGUGCAUUUGAAUUUAAUGAGCGUUUCCUUCUUGAAAUCCACGACCACGUCUACUCCUGCCAGUUUGGCAACUUUCUUGGGACCUGUCAUAAGGAGCGUGAGGAUCUGAAAAUCUUUGAGAAGACCCAUUCCCUGUGGCCAUACCUCUUACAGAAGAAGCAAGAGUUCAGGAAUCCUCUCUAUAAGGGAUUUACAGUUUACAAGGAGCUUCAGCCAAACACACUACCUUUCAGUUUCCAGUUCUGGUGUGGCAUGUAUAACCGCUUUGACAAAGGGAUGCAUCCAAAGCAAUCUGUGUUAGACCACCUCCUGAGUUGCAUGAGCCAGAAGAUGAAACUGGAAGACAAUGCAAUAGAGCUGGAAAAUAAGCUGCCAUUCUUAGAUGGUCCCUUGCCAAAUGAAGCAUGCUCCUUAUCUAAAAUUGUGAAUGUUACAGUUGAAUCUUCAAAAACACCAAUGCUCAAUACUCCCCAGGAUUAUGAAGGUGAACCACCAGCUCUGUUGACCAAUGGUACCACAGUUGGGGAACUUGAUGUCACGUCCCAGGUGGACCAAAAAAACAAAGAGAAUCUUGCUCAUCACCAGGACCUUUCUGGCCUCAGUAACACUGCUGGCGUUAUAGAUUUGGAAACUGAGGAGAAGCUGCAGCCCCAGUGAUCAGCUCUAGUAGCAUGAACCAUGGGAGUAAAGCCUGCAAGAUCUGUGCCCUACUGGGAAUUUAGCCUUCUCAGCCAUUUACAGUUAAAUGUGAACGUGUAUGUUUGGAGGGGCUGUUUGUGAAUUGUGAGAGUGGCCUAGAAAAGAGAUUUUGCCUUCAGCUUGGCUGCAUUAGCACAGGUUAGUCUAUAAAUGUGCAUGUAGAGCUGCCCCAAAGACAAGAAAGCUAUCUCAAUUUACAUAGUAAACCUCAUUUUUCAGUGGAAAUAUGGCCCCCUCUCCCACUCUUAGAGAUGACCUUCCAUUACUCCUAGUUCAGAGUUUAAAAGACGCUUUUGGUCAUUUUGAUAUGGAGAGUUAAAAACCAAACUGUAAUUAGAGCUGGAGAGACAAAAUGUGGUGUUAAAUGGAAGUGAAAGGCUGUAAAUGCCAUUUUGGUUCAUCCUCAAACCUGAGUAAGCUAAAAAGGCUUUUCUUAGCUCUUCAAAUAUGCUCUGCAUGGAAUCCCACCCUGCUGCAGAGGCUGGUUAUUUUUUGUUCCCUGUGCACAUUUGUAAGGAGCUGUGCCUUGUAUAUGGAGACCAUCUUAAUGUCCAACCGUGGCAGUGUCAUAAUGUUUUAUUCCUGUAAUGUGUAGCAGUAGUAUUUGGCGUCCUUUGUAGUUUUAAAAAUACUGACUGGCUUUUGUAUCUCUUGUUGCUGUCCACUUGCCCAAGAACUCAGAUGGUUGUGUGAGUUGUCAGUCUUAUGGCUGAAACCUUCCAAGAAUACUUAUUUCUCUAUUCUCUAGCUAGUGUUUUUGAGUGAUCAGAUGGUGGUAAGUCCCAAGGAGUCUAUAGAACAUAAAUUUAAUAUACUUUUUCCUACUCAAAUCCUAGGAGUAAGAAACCAAAAAGAAAGGAAAUAAUUUAAAUUAUACUAGAGCUUCCUCUUCAGUUUUUAUUUUGCCUAGAAAGGUUAAUGGAGCAAGAGGUUGACUUAGCCACAUUUAAUUUUAAGAUUUAAAGACAUUCUCAAACCCAUAAGUGAAACGAUGAUAGUAAAUGCAAUAUAUUUUGCUUAAAAUUGAAAGCUAAAAUGAUUGCUUCACAUCACAUCUUGAGUGACAGUAGAGAAUGUUUUAUGUCUAUUGCCCUGAACCUUAAAACAUUCCUGCGGAUCCUUUUGACACUGGCUUUUCUUUCAGGUCAUGACAGGCAAACUCAUUUUUCCCUCCUUUCAAAAACGUUCUGUUAAUUUCAGUAAGAGAAGUAGGUGCUCAGCCUGAAAUUGUAUGUUCUUUCAGGAUCAUGCUCUUACUACACAAAUAUGUAUGUGACAGUUUCUGAUCUGACGAAGCCAGAGUUAAGACGUUUGUGCUAGUUCUUAAUGGCUCAUUUUAGUGCAUUGUGUUCAAGCCGACAGAAUUUUAAGGAGAUUUUUGCCUUGGGUCAUUGAAAAUUGCACGGAAAUGAACAACAGAUCUCUGGCAUUGGGCUUGUAGAUUGAGAUAUGGACUCACUGUGCUGUUUGCCACAUUACUUGUGUUCUUUGAAACUCACUUGAACUUUGAAAAAAAACGGGAAAAAGAAAGGGCUUGAAAUAAGUAGAUUUUAUUGGAAGAGAACUUUCUGCUUGGCUCCUCAGAGGAAAAAGCCUGGAGCAGCUAUUUCUCAGGCAGGAUAUUCUGUGUGAUUUCCCUAUAUAGACAUGCUUACUCUGUACUAAGAAUGCUUUGUCCACUUUUCUGCUUUCACUGGUUCAAAUGUUUGGGUUUCUAUUAGAUAGUGUCCUCUGAUCUUAAAACCCAUUUUUUUUAGAAUUUUACAAAAUCUAAUAAAAACAGAUAGAAAUGGUUUCAGGUUUUCUUUAAAAAAAGAGUUCUACUGAGUAUUGUAAAACAGAAUGAACAGUCCUCAUUCUUUUGCGCAUAAGCUUGACUAAGAUGGUUUCAGUGUUCAAGCUGAGCACUGAAGGGAGGGCAGAGGGGAGGAAAGGGGAGUAGUUAAACAACAAAAAUAUUGAGAAGUUGCCUCACUCUGGUUUUAUGCUGAUAAUGCUCUUUUUGAGUAUCUAACUUCCACUUAAGGUAGAAAAAUAUUCUCUCAUUAAAGGGAUUGAAGCAUCUAGGCUACAAAGAUGGAUGUUGGAGAAGGGAUAAUAUAGUUGCCUUUCUAGCAAUCAGAAGACAAGCUGGUUUUUAUGUUAGUGGAUUUUUAAACUUUUUAAGCAAGCGGGGGUUUUGUUGGGUUUUUUUUAAUAUAGACUUUUAAACAUAAAAUUAUUUCUAUUCAGGAUAUAAGAGGGAGAUAACUGCUUAGUAUCUGAGUGAUAUCUAAAUAUGUUUUAAUAAGUGCAUCAAAUAAAGCUACUAAUAGUGAAAGGAUCUGUUAUGGAGAAAAAGUAGUGCUGUUACUUAAGUUGUGGUACACCAAAAAAUACUGUGCCAUUCAAAUGAUUGUGUGUUUAAUGUUACAGUUUUAGGUUAAUGGCUCUGUAUAAUGUAUACAUCUAAAUUCAUUACAGUUAUAGAAAGGGAUCCUGGAUCUCAAGAGUUGCAAAUCCAUUCUUAACUCCAUCUGUCAUUAAAGAGAAAAGAAAGAGCUCUGUCAAACUCCUAAAAUAACUAAAUUUGUCUACAAGCCUUUUCUUCCUCAUUCUGGCCACAUCGUCAUAAAUUACCAGACAUACAAGGGACCACACCUUCAAUUAUAAUUCAUUGGUCUGAGUUCAUAUAAGGCUUGAAUAUAUCUUGAGAUUUCCCUGGAAAAGUGUGAUGUGGAGAGAAAUUCUUUCCCUGCUCUUGCCGCACCCAAAAGUUUCACACACGCACUUUUUGCUAUUUGAGGAGCAAGUAAAGCCCGGUGUUACUUUGUGUACUAGACUCUGUGCAGGUCAUUUUGACAUCAAGAACUUUUACAUUGAAAAGGAGGCCAGUUAAUGUGCUUUUCAGGACCAGUCAUUUUGAACUUUCUCAUUCUUGUGUGUGAUCUUUAAGGAGAACUACGUACAGUCUUUAAUUUUCACUCACUACUGAUGGAUUUAGACUUGCUGUUAAUAUUUAUAUAAGAAUAGUUUGCAAAAUGUUUAUACCAAUAAUGUUACCUUGUCUUUGAAAUCACCAGUAGAUUUGUUUUAACACAUAUAUGAUAACUUUCCUGUUCACAGACUGAUACAACACUUGGACAUCUCCGCAAAUCCAUUGUAUUCUUGAAUCUUCCCUGGCAUGUGGGCCUGGAAGGAUUACUCUGAGUGCUGACAGUUGUGCUGGGCAUUCAGUAAUCUUGUUGCUUUUGACUUCAGUAAUAAAACCAUGCAUGGCUGUAAACAUUGAAAUAUAAAAGCUAAGGAAAAAAGGGUCCAAGACAACAGCUAAAGCUGCCACUUUAAAUCCUUUAGGUUGUGUAAGUGUGCACAGCUGCAAUAUGUUUCAGACCUCAUUUUGUGUUGGUCUGUUAAAUAAGCAGCCCUGAGAAGGAGUCCCAAAACUUCUAAGGGAACUCUGCAGUUUUUGCUAUCAAAAGACCAACUCAUUCGAUGCUGCUCAUUUUUGAGGAGGAGAGGAUUUUCUGUGUUUCAAGACCAAAAACAAAAAGCAGAUCAAAGCACUGAGGCUUGUCAUCCAGAUUCUGAUCAACUAGGAUUGGCUUCCUGCUGUGUUUUUCCUGCCAGACUGUACAAAUAUGUGUUCAGUUUAUAGUAUAAUGUCCUGCCUGCUGAUAGUGGUGAACAAUUUGAGUAUUCAGCCAGUAAUAACAGAAGGAAAUCUAAAAACUGUUACUGAGCAAUUGUCUAAUACCACCAUCUUCUAGGAGAAGAGUUACUUUAACUUCUAGUUUCCCCUAGUCGGUGACCUGAAUGUUGUUAAGUCGGGAGUACAGUUCAUGUGACAGGUUACUUUCCAUUUUGAUUUUCAUAACUAGGCGGAAAUGACAUGUUAAUGUAGACAGAUUUUUUGUUUGUACAAACAUCUGUCUGUUUUCUCUUCUGAAAGUUGUUUUUGUCUUCAAUUAGCAGUGUUAAUGGCUGCAAAUAUAAUCUAUCUUCCCCAUCCUACAAAACUGGUAUAAUGUUACAAUGCUUGUGCGUAUCUGUGUAAAAUGUAUUUUAUUUGAUAAGGAAACUACUGUGUUAGAAGUUGGAGUGGAAGAGAUGUUUAUAUGACUUUAUUUUUUUUUUCAUUUUUUAAUAUCAGCUUCAUAAUGCCGGAAUUUUUAAAUUAUGCUUCACUUUGCAAUUAUUUUCCACAGUGAAAGUAGAGAGUCAGUGGUAUCUUUUUUUAUUGUUUGAGAGGAUUAAGGGGAAUGUUUAACUUGCUUAUAGCUGCUGUAGUUUUCCAUUGGCCCUUUUUUAGGGUAAGGAAACACUGUUUAUUAAAAACCUUUAUUUGUGUGUUUUGU